AUGUUUGCUUGCUCCUACAGCAGCCGGCCGAGGACCUGGCAAAAGCGCCUUGAGGAUGAAUGCCGGGAGGCCAACAUCAUGCCACCUGUGUUCCAAAUCACCUCCGACCAGCGAGGGGGACGAACGGCCUAG